UAAGUCGGCCGUUCACAAUGAGUGAAAGUGUUGGUUGCUGUGAUUCAGUCAGUCAGUGUUUUUUCGACUACUACACGUCUAAAAUACUGAUCAUCAGGAGUAAGAAAGUGGGAACGCUGAAUCGCUUCACUCAAGCUUUAGUCAUAGCCUACGUUAUCGGGUAUGUGUGUGUCUACAACAAAGGCUACCAAGACACAGACACCGUUCUCAGCUCAGUCACAACCAAAGUGAAAGGAAUUGCUUUAACAAACACCAGUGAACUGGGCGAAAGGAUCUGGGAUGUGGCUGAUUACAUUAUUCCACCUCAGGAGGAUGGAUCGUUCUUCGUGCUGACCAACAUGAUCAUCACAACAAACCAAACACAGUCCAAAUGUGCAGAAAAUCCAACUCCUGCAUCCACGUGCACUUCGCACAGGGACUGCAAGAGAGGCUUCAAUGAUGCUCGUGGAGAUGGUGUUCGGACAGGCAGAUGUGUCAGUUAUUCUGCCUCUGUGAAGACUUGUGAGGUGCUGUCCUGGUGUCCUUUAGAAAAAAUUGUCGAUCCCCCGAACCCACCACUACUUGCAGAUGCUGAAAACUUCACUGUGCUCAUAAAGAAUAAUAUUCGAUAUCCCAAAUUUAACUUCAACAAAAGGAACAUCUUACCGAAUAUAAACAGCUCCUACUUGACACAUUGUGUGUUUAGCCGUAAAACGGAUCCUGACUGUCCAAUCUUCAGACUUGGAGACAUUGUUGGAGAAGCUGAAGAGGAUUUUCAGAUCAUGGCUGUCCAUGGCGGAGUGAUGGGAGUUCAGAUCCGGUGGGAUUGUGAUCUUGAUAUGCCACAGAGCUGGUGUGUACCUCGCUACACUUUCCGCAGGCUAGACAACAAAGACCCAGAUAAUAAUGUGGCUCCAGGGUACAACUUUAGAUUUGCUAAAUAUUACAAGAACAGUGAUGGCACUGAGACCAGGACACUUAUCAAGGGUUAUGGUAUUCGCUUUGAUGUCAUGGUAUUUGGCCAGGCUGGGAAAUUCAACAUCAUCCCAACACUUCUGAAUAUGGGUGCAGGCUUGGCACUUCUAGGCCUGGUGAACGUCAUCUGUGACUGGAUUGUGUUGACAUUUAUGAAAAGGAAGCAACAUUACAAGGAGCAAAAGUAUACAUAUGUUGAUGACUUCGGACUUUUACACAACGAAGACAAAUAGAAGAUCUUCAGGCUACAGAUUUAUCCCGUAUUCAAUGCCAAUUUCAUCAUAAAUUGUAUGUAAUUGUCAGGAUUUAAAAAUCCAGUUACAAAUGAGGGACCGGUUAAAUGAAUUAAAAUGCAUUUUGAUG